UUACGUGACCAUAGAGAUGUUUAGCAUGAGUUUGAAUGAGAAGACAAAGCUUAAAGGACUUCUGGAAAUCAUUUCUUCUGCGGCCGAAUUCGAAACGAUUCCAAUUAGACACCACGAGGAUGGAGUUCUCAAGAAGAUAUACGAUUAUCUUCCUGUUAAACUGGGAAGUCCUAAAUUUAAUUCACCUCACAUUAAAACCAAUGUCCUCUUGCAGGCACACUUUUCGAGAUAUGAUUUGGAUAAGGUACCGGACUUGAAAUCGGACCAAAUCAUAGUUUUAGGAAAGGUUAUUCCAUUAAUUCAAGCUAUAGUGGAUGUCAUAAGUUCCAACGGAUGGCUGAAUACUGCGUUGGCUGCCAUGGAGUUGUCACAAAUGUGUGUUCAAGCAAUAUGGAAUCGCGAUUCACCAUUAAAACAAAUUCCAUACUUUGAACAAGAACACCUGGAUCGUUGUAAAGAAAGAGGUAUUGAAUCUGUAGCCGAUGUAGGUUUACUUGAGGAUGAUGAACGAGAAGACAUACUUCGAAUGGAUAAAGAAAAGAAGAAGGCAAAGAGAAAUGCAAUAGCGAAGUUCAUUAAUCGUUAUCCGGAUAUUGAUGUGAAAUAUGGAGUAAGGGACGAAGAUGAAUUGGUGGCUGGUUCUCAAGGAGUACUUGACGUUAAACUCACCCGCGAAGAUUACGAAGAUGAUGUGGGGCCCGUAUAUGCGCCGAGGUUCCCUCAUAAGAAAGACGAGGGAUGGUGGAUUGUUUUCG